UUCAUCAUACUUCAUUGCAUCUGCAGCAUGGAGAUCUCAAUUUCGCUUCGUUCUGCAUCGUGCAUAACAGGAAUUCUCUUUGGGAUAUUUCUUACCUUUAAACUAGUUCGUUCAAAGAAGAAAGGAACCAGGAAAGUUCCUCGAGGAACAGUUAUCCUGCAUCAGUUCAAACGAUCUUAUCUUGGCGUUCCUAACCUGUCACCGCCAUGUAUAAAGUUAGAAACCUACCUUCGUAUGGCAAAGAUUCCUUACGAGUGCGACUACGGUCCAAAAAAAUCAAGCAAAGGCAAGAUGCCUUGGAUAGAAUACAAURGCCAAGAGAUUGCAGACUCAAACUUCUGUAUUGAAUUUCUUAUCAAGGAAAAUGGUCCUGGUUUUGGAGUCGAUGUUGAUAGCCACCUGACCGACGAACAGAAAGCCAUUGCAAGAGCUGUACUAGUCAUGUUAGAAGAAAAUACUUUCUGGAGUUUGGUACACUAUCGCGGUUUUGGUGAAGGUGGCGAAGCAAUUAAGAAAGCUUACUUGGGAAAUUUUAUUUUUCCCUUGAGGUACUUGUUAUUUCGAUUUGUGUUUCAAAGGAAGGUCAAGAACCAGCUCCAUGGUCACGGGAUAGGUCGUCAUUCUCCCGAAGAGAUUUAUGGGAUAGCUGAGAAAGAUCUAAAAGCUGUUUCAGCAAUUCUUGGAGAGAAGAAGUUUUUGUUUGGAGACAAACCCUGYCUUGCUGAUGCCUAUCUCUUCGCACUUGUGAGCAACUUCAUCUUCCUGACUCCCRUUUCCCCACAGGGAAAAGUGAUUWUGACGCAAUUGAAAAAUCUUGAAGCUCAUGCAAAUCGCAUGAAAGAGGCUUAUUACCCUGACUGGGAUGAAGUUGCCUUGGGGCAAAAGUAACACUCUUAAUUCYAGUAAUGACGCUUGRUGUUUAAAAUUAUAUUGUUACMAGGCACUAGAUAUUAGUACAAACGCUUUUUUGAAAGAACGUAAACUUUAUAUUGUUGAGAUUUUAAGUAAAAAAUGUUCAUUUUGCAA